AUGGCCAUUGAGUGUAAUGGAUUUCGGACCCAGACAGUGCUAGAAUUGUUCCCGAUGCAAAACUCGUCAAAGUGGGAGUUCAUAAACAUGCACGAGAUUGGAAGCGUGGGGCUUACUGACCUUGCAAGUUGGGUAGUGGUUCACGAUCACAUGAACGCUCUACUAUGCGACUGGCACCAAUUCCUUACAUUGGGACCCCUCUCGAACCGGGAUGAACAUGUUUGGCAAGGGUACUUUGGACACAAGUAUUCCAUCGGUGUGGAGCGGAAUUCCGAUAUGUCCAUAUCCACAACCACGUUGCAUUGCGUCGCAACGGCGCUGGCAUGUGCGUACUGCGUAGGCAGAAAUAUCCGACGUAUAGCAAGCAGUGACGAACUAAUCCACUGCAAGGCAGCCAAAAUGGCGGCUGUCAUUGGGCGUAGCGGAGGGAAUCUGAAACGCAGGUGGAUCGGCGGUGACGGGGAAGUUGAGAUUGUUUGA